UGCUGAUGCUGAACAGAAAAAAAAAAGCAAAGCCAUGGGUUUAGAUUUGAGGAUUCCGGGCCUUCAUAUAUUCUGGAGAGUGUUCUUCUGGUCUUCCACGUUCCAGAGAUAAUGGGGAAGAAGCAAGAAAUGAAACACAGAUCUCAUCGAUUUCUAUUGAAGAGAUGAAUAUCCCUUAAUGAAAAUUUUCAAGGCACCGUAGUAUUUCCAAAAAUGGCAAAGAAAGGGCGUUCAAAGGGUGAAAAGCCCGAAGCUCUGGUUUCUUCCCUGCAGGCUGCCAACGAAGAUCUCAGGUCAAAACUGACAGAUAUUCAAAUAGAAUUACAUCAGGAGAAAUGCAAGGUAAGCAAACUUGAGCGAGAAAAGGUUCAAGAAGGAAAGCAAAUCCGCGAGCAGGAGCAACAUAAACACACAGUGACCCUGACGGAGCUCAAAGCCAAACUCCACGAGGACAAAAUGAAAGAGCUGCAGGCUCUCCGUGAGAACCUAGUCAAACAGCAUGAGCAGGAAAUGGCGAGGACAAUAAAAAUCAAAGACGGGGAGAACCAGCGGCUCAAGACAGUGCUCAACUCCUUACGUGACGGGAGCAGCGAUAAAGUAAGGACAGCUUUGACGCUUGAGGCCAGAGAGGAGGCCAGGAGAUUCUUUGACUCUGAACGCCUCAAACUGCUGCAGGAAAUUUCAGAAUUGAAAUUGGCCAAAAAACAAGUGGAUGAGGCCCUUAAUAACACGAUUCAGGCGGAUAAAAUGAAAGCUGGAGACCUGAGAAGCGAACAUCACUUACAUCAGGAGCAUAUAUCCAAGAUCAAGUGGGAAAGUGAAAGAGACAUCCGAAGGCUGGUAGACGAGAUUAAAUCAAAAGAUAGGACAGUUUUCGCUCUGGAGAAGGAGCUGGAGAGUCAGACCAGCUUCAUUCAGAAGCUCCAGUUGCAGAAGGAUGCCCUCGAUGAGCAGCUUUUUCUGGUAAAAGAGGCUGAGUGUAACAUUGGCAGUCCCAAACGAGAGAUUCCUGGAAGGGCAGGAGAUGGGGCAGAACAUUGUGGCAGCCCAGAUUUGCGGAGGAACCGCAGAAGGGUUGCUGAAUUAAAUUCAACAAUACGCAAACUGGAGGACAGAAACACCUUGCUGGUGGAUGAAAGGAAUGAACUGCUGAAGCGAGUUCGAGAAUCUGAAAAACAGUGCAAACCGAUUCUUGAGAAGAACAAGAGCCUCACUAAACGAAAUGAUGAACUCACCCAGUCACUGCAGCGCUUGGAAGACAAGAUGAAAGCAUUAACGAAAGAAAACCUGGAAAUGAAAGAAAAAAUCAGUUCUCACCCACCUCUGAAAAAACUAAAAUCAUUGAACGAUCUGGAUCAGGCUCAGGAUGAUCAAGAAAUAGAAUUUUUAAAACUUCAGGUUCUAGAACAACAGAACAUGAUAGAUGACUUAACAAGGGAUAGAGAAAAAUUGCUGCGUAAGAAGCGGCAUAAACGAAGUUCAAAAGCCCACAAGCGGCCUAUAUUGGUGGACACCUUUUUUGGGUACGAUGAAGAAUCAAUGGAUUCUGAAACCUCUUCCGUGUCCUCGUUUCGCACUGACCGAACACCAGCCACACCUGACGAGGACCUGGAUGAUGGUAUGGCAGCAGAGGAGUCUGAGCUGAGAUUCCGACAGAUGACCAGGGAAUAUCAAGCCCUUCAACGAGCCUAUGCUCUGUUACAGGAACACACGGGAGGCCUUAUAGAUGCUGAGAGAGAAUCGAAGGCCCAAGAACAACUUCAAGCUGAGGUACUCAGAUAUAAAGCUAAAAUUGAGGAUCUAGAGAAAGAACUUGCCCAGAAAGGACAGGAUUCAAAAUGGGUCGAAGAUAAGCAACUGUUUCUUAAAAGAAAUCAAGAACUUAUUGAAAAGAUACACACCCUUGAGGCAGAAAUCAGCCGUCUUCAAGAAGAACUUCAAGACUCCAAGGACCAGAAUGAACUGCUAGAAUUUCGUAUCUUGGAAUUGGAGGAGCGUGAAAGGCGAUCCCCUCCAUUCAAUCUCCAGAUCCACCCCUUCUCGGGUGAAGUCAGUGCUCUUCAGAUCUACUGUAUGAAGGAAGGGGUCAAAGAUGUAUGUAUUCCUGAUCUAAUAAAGCUGUUGGACAUUCUGGGAGACAAUGGUAAUUUAAGAAAUGAAGAGCAAGUAGCCAUCAUACAAGCAAGCACUGUAUUGUCACUUGCAGAAAAGUGGAUACAGCAGAUUGAAGGCACUGAAGCUGCUCUGCAUCAAAAAAUGCUGGACUUAGAAAUGGAAAUGGAUAUGUUUUGUAAGCAGAAAGGCUACUUGGAAGAGGAACUCGAUUAUAGGAAACAAGCCUUGGACCAGGCAUACAUGCAAAUCCAAGAUCUGGAAGCCACCCUAUAUAAUGCCUUGCAGCAGGACACAGUGAUCAAAUUCGGAGAGUCUCUGAGCGAGAAGCAGAAGGACGAACUGAGAUCAGCCGUGGAGAAACUGCGGCGUCAGAUGUUGAGAAAGAGCAGGGAGUUUGACUGCCAGAUCUUGCAGGAGAGAAUGGAAAUGCUGCAACAAGCUCACCAGAGAAUUCGAGAUCUGGAGGAUAAAACGGAUAUUCAGAAGAGACAAAUCAAAGACCUGGAAGAAAAGUUUUUAUUUCUGUUCUUAUUCUUUUCUCUUGCCUUUAUCCUUUGGCCUUGAUGUCUUUGACACCUCCCAGCUGAGACUUUAUGGAAGUUCAGAAAAUGUACAGAACAAUGGUUUCAAUCUAUUAAUAAACAGAACCUAGUUUACAGCAAUCUUAUUUAUGUAGCCAAGGCUACUUAUAUAAGCCAUUUGAAAGAUUGGUUGCUUGGCGGUUUCUACGAGAUCCAAUCUGAUACUGUAUAUGCUGCAUUGAACUGAACAUGAGUGAAACAUGUCAAGUAAAACUAUACUUGAUUGAGAGCAAGGCAGAAACGUUUACAGAAGUUCAGAUACACAUGUCUCAGACAGCAAACCAAAGUUGGGAAGGUCAUAUCCCUGCCGUGCAGGGGAGCGCUAAACCAUCACAUCACUGGAUUCACGAGUGGGAAACAGAAGAAAUAAGUUGUUGAAAAGUCAUAGCUUCAAAUGGAAUUGCUCUCUUCCACAAAACCACAUAACAAGUGGAAAAUCACGAUCCACCAGGACGGAAGGACUGUCCUUUAUUACACAGCAGUUGUGAGCACUCACUCAGGUGAUCAAGGUGACCCACUAUAACAAAACACAAAGCAUCGGAAAACAGGAAACCAUUCAGGAACUGACUGUAAAUGGAUCUCCCUGUGAGAUAGAGCGUACCACACAGAAUGGUCACUAGAGGACAUGAAGCGCACAUAGGUUCUUUAGCUCCAGCGCAAGAAACUGGUUGAUAUCCUAUAUUUAUUUAAAAAGGACAGAAGUAACUUAUUCACAUACUAGUUUAUUUUUUUUGUUUGUUUGUUUUUGUAAUACGUUCUAUCAGUAUAGAAAUGUACAGGCUUUUACCUUACCAGAAACGGUUCCUUCGAAUGUACUGGUAUACAUUUGUGUAUAUGUACAUGAUUAUGGCUGUUUGUUUAUUGCAAUGGUUUUAUUUGCUUAUUGUUAAUAGUGACUCAUAAUUUAACAUCCAUACUUGGUAUCUGCAGCUUGAACAAUAGUAUCACACAACCAUUUGUGUAUUAAUGUACAGUAUAAAAUUCCCGUAAAGCUAUUGUGGUGACAGCUGCAACUUUUUUUUUCCCAUAAAAGUACAGUAGAUAUUACAAAGUUUUAAUGCUAUAGCAGUUUGUCUUUGGGAAUAUUACAUCUAUGGUCGUGUAUUUUUUUUCUUUAUUUAGUUAUCUCAAGGAUUACUGCUUUGUUUCUAUGCAGCACAACAGGCUUACUUUAGUAACCCCAUCCAACUGCAAUAGGAGAUUUUGUAAUGGGAGAAAGUUUGUGUAAUUGAUAUAGUGGUUGUAUCUUUUGUUUCGCCAUGGUUGAGACAAAAGCUUUUCGUUUGCAGAUGAAAAGUCUACAUUGUUGAGCAAAGAGGUACAUAUCCCGACCACCAGCUACUAAUAAUUCUAGAAUACAAAAUAACCUGAACUCAUAGUGCAUAUGCCUUAAAUGUUCUUCCUUUUCUUCAUGUUCUUCAACAUUUCUGAUAGCCACUGACUUCUGUAUCUUUACUAAUUUAGCUAGGCAGGGUUGAAAUUUCAUUUACAGUAACAUAAGUCUUCCAAAAGAAAUUCCAUUACAGAUGCUAAACUCUUUCCACACCUGUUAAAAUACCUACUUUGUGUCGCUAUACAUUAGUGUAUUAUAUAAAGGAUUGAAAAGGAAUUAUGGAGAUGUUAUUACCUAACAUUAUCGGUCAUACUUUCACAAAAAACAUGCACAUUUUCCUUUUGGAUUGAAAUAAGUCCGGCCCAAGGUGUCAAAGCAAAAUACAUACUUUUGGUUACUAAGAGCAAUAGCCAGUGCUAAAAAAAAUUCCAAUUUCUCAUUUGUAUUUUAAAUAGAUUUUUUAAAAUUAAUUAAUUACUGGUAUCCCUGUUCAGUUAUCCCUGAGAAACUAAUUGCAUGUGUAACGUAGCGUUGCCAACCCAUCCCUCAAAAAUGCUUAUGUCGCCUGCAUGUUAAUUGGACAAGCACUUUUGGAAUUGUUUGCUUCUGUGACCUUGGUAAACAAGGGAUGGGUGUGGGCAGUGUUAGUCCUCAUGCACUGCUACCAUGUGCCAUGGCUGGCUUUGGUGGAUAUGAAUAUUUGUCAGAUUUGUGAGGAUUAAGUAUCGUGCAUGUCCUUCUGCACAAACAAACAGUGAACUUAAAGAAAAUAAAAACGUGGCCAAUGCAAGAACAGAGCUAACUCUUUUUGUUAUUGUUUUCAGUAAUGAUAGAACAUAUUCAUAUGUGUUUUAUCUUAUAGAAUGGAAUUCUGGGAAAAUAAAGGGCAGGAAAUUAAAAAAAAAAAAAUUGAAAUGCUCAAUGGAGCCCCAUCAAAAGGCAUCAGACAUGGAAUGUGUUGGACCUGGUUUGGCCUAAGGAUAAUAUGAUAUAGCAGUACUUUUUCAAUCUAAAACCUGUUUUAAGGUUGCAGUGUUUCUUCAAAAAAUAUAUGUAUACAAUAUUUCAAAAUAAUAUCCCUAUAUAUCACAAUACCAUUAAUUGCAUCAUGUGCUUUAAUGGAGGGAUGUUAAAAUAAUCAUAAGCAAGUUUACACUAGAAUAACAGACACAGUUUGUGGACUUACUUUACUGGUAUUCAUAGACCUUUUCCUCCCUUAAUAAAUACUUUUAUAUAAAUUAAAUGGCAGUGGUUAAAAGAAGAAUACAUUUUGUGCAGAGUGCAAUUAGUUGAAAUUAUCUUGAGAAGAAAAGUCUCUAGUUUGGUUGAAGACACUGUUUCAGUCUGAUUGCAUUUCUUAAAAGGAUCAUACCUUUUAUGAUGGACUUAGACUAGUCUACACAAAAUAAUAAUCAGACAAUAGAAAUCAAAAUGAUAUGUCCUCAUUUUAUGCAGUUUAGAUAAGAUCACAGUACUGUACUUACAGUAGAGUUUUUAAUGAGCAGAUUGAGGUGUGUUAUGGUAUUUUAUACAGGUCAUUAAAUAAACAUCAUCUGAAGACAAGCCCCUAAUCUAAAGAAGGUAGAAGGUAAAACAAUGUUUCAAUUGCCUCCUAUGCAGUGAAAUAAUGCAGGCAAAUAGUGUAGCUCAGUUAGUACUAAGAUAUACACAGUAUUACAUUUAAAAGAAACCCAUUUCAAUUAGGUUUCAUUAUAUACAGUAACAUCCCUAAGUACAGCAUAGUCCAAUCUCCAUUUGAUUUUAGUUUACAUUUAACCCAAUGUGUUAAACCAAUACAUUUUCUUUCACGUUUGGUCACUUUUCCCAAUAAAAGGGCAAUUUUAAUACUAACUAGUAGUAUAUGGUACUACCUGUAUUGAAUGAGAGAGUUGAUUGCACUUUUAAAAUGAAACACUGUAGGCUAUACCCAGCAUUUACCACUGUGUUAAUUAAACACCAUUUAUUUAAAAAAAUAUAUAUGUUAAGAAUCUUCUUUUUACAAACAAUGGUGCAAACUUAGCAUGGUGUUAACUGUUUUGUGAAUAUGGCCCAAUAUGUUUCCUUGUUCUCGAAAAGGCUUUUCUACUGUAGGUCCUUGCUCCUGGAAAUCUAUUAGCUGCAAUUAAGAAUUAUUUUUAAUUGCUGUGUUCCCUCUUCCCCAUCACUGAUCUGCCGUGUGUGAUAAUAAAAAAUGUACAAAGAUAUGCGUAGUGAACCUCUUGACUGUAUGCAUCAAUCUGUAGAGGAAAAUGAAUGCUAAUGUAAAGUUUUCUGAAGUUAUUUUUUAAUUUAUUAUAGGAGUUUACUAAA